AUGCGAGGUAGCACGCAGCCCACACUGCUAGCGGUGCAGGCAUUACCUACCCACACUGUAUAUUAUACUCUGUACCCUUCAGUGCUAGCGGUGCAGGCAUUGCCUACCCACACUGUAUAUUAUACUCUGUACCCUUCAGUGCUAGCGGUGCAGGCAUUGCCUACCCACACUGUAUAUUAUACUCUAUACCCUUCAGUGCUAGCGGUGCAGGCAUUACCUACCCACACUGUAUAUUAUACUCUGUACCCUUCAGUGCUAGCGGUGCAGGCAUUACCUACCCACACUGUAUAUUAUACUCUGUACCCUUCAGUGCCAGCGGUGCAGGCAUUGCCUACCCACACUGUAUAUUAUACUCUGUACCCUUCAGUGCUAGCGGUGCAGGCAUUACCUACCCACACUGUAUAUUAUACUCUGUACCCUUCAGUGCUAGCGGUGCAGGCAUUACCUACCCACACUGUAUAUUAUACUCUGUACCCUUCAGUGCUAGCGGUGCAGGCAUUACCUACCCACACUGUAUAUUAUACUCUGUACCCUUCAGUGCCAGCAGUGCAAGCAUUACCUACCCACACUGUAUAUUAUACUCUGUACCCUUCAGUGCUAGCGGUGCAGGCAUUACCUACCCACACUGUAUAUUAUACUCUGUACCCUUCAGUGCCAGCAGUGCAAGCAUUACCUACCCACACUGUAUAUUAUACUCUGUACCCUUCAGUGCUAGCGGUGCAGGCAUUACCUACCCACACUGUAUAUUAUACUCUGUACCCUUCAGUGCCAGCGGUGCAGGCAUUACCUACCCACACUGUAUAUUAUACUCUAUACCCUUCAGUGCCAGCGGUGCAGGCAUUGCCUACCCACACUGUAUAUUAUACUCUAUACCCUUCAGUGCCAGCAGUGCAGGCAUUGCCUACCCACACUGUAUAUUAUACUCUAUACCCUUCAGUGCCAGCAGUGCAGGCAUUGCCUACCCACACUGUAUAUUAUACUCUGUACCCUUCAGUGCCAGCAGUGCAGGCAUUACCUACCCACACUGUAUAUUAUACUCUAUACCCUUCAGUGCUAGCGGUGCAGGCAUUGCCUACCCACACUGUAUAUUAUACUCUAUACCCUUCAGUGCCAGCGGUGCAGGCAUUGCCUACCCACACUGUAUAUUAUACUCUAUACCCUUCAGUGCCAGCAGUGCAGGCAUUGCCUACCCACACUGUAUAUUAUACUCUAUACCCUUCAGUGCCAGCAGUGCAGGCAUUGCCUACCCACACUGUAUAUUAUACUCUAUACCCUUCAGUGCCAGCGGUGCAGGCAUUACCUACCCACACUGUAUAUUAUACUCUAUACCCUUCAGUGCCAGCAGUGCAGGCAUUGCCUACCCACACUGUAUAUUAUACUCUAUACCCUUCAGUGCCAGCAGUGCAGGCAUUGCCUACCCACACUGUAUAUUAUACUCUGUACCCUUCAGUGCCAGCAGUGCAAGCAUUACCUACCCACACUGUAUAUUAUACUCUGUACCCUUCAGUGCCAGCAGUGCAAGCAUUACCUACCCACACUGUAUAUUAUACUCUGUACCCUUCAGUGCUAGCGGUGCAGGCAUUACCUACCCACACUGUAUAUUAUACUCUGUACCCUUCAGUGCUAGCGGUGCAGGCAUUACCUACCCACACUGUAUAUUAUACUCUGUACCCUUCAGUGCCAGCAGUGCAAGCAUUACCUACCCACACUGUAUAUUAUACUCUAUACCCUUCAGUGCCAGCAGUGCAAGCAUUGCCUACCCACACUGUAUAUUAUACUCUAUACCCUUCAGUGCCAGCAGUGCAGGCAUUGCCUACCCACACUGUAUAUUAUACUCUAUACCCUUCAGUGCCAGCGGUGCAGGCAUUGCCUACCCACACUGUAUAUUAUACUCUAUACCCUUCAGUGCCAGCGGUGCAGGCAUUGCCUACCCACACUGUAUAUUAUACUCUAUACCCUUCAGUGCCAGCAGUGCAGGCAUUGCCUACCCACACUGUAUAUUAUACUCUAUACCCUUCAGUGCCAGCGGUGCAGGCAUUACCUACCCACACUGUAUAUUAUACUCUAUACCCUUCAGUGCCAGCAGUGCAGGCAUUGCCUACCCACACUGUAUAUUAUACUCUGUACCCUUCAGUGCCAGCAGUGCAGGCAUUACCUACCCACACUGUAUAUUAUACUCUAUACCCUUCAGUGCCAGCAGUGCAAGCAUUGCCUACCCACACUGUAUAUUAUACUCUAUACCCUUCAGUGCCAGCAGUGCAAGCAUUGCCUACCCACACUGUAUAUUAUACUCUAUACCCUUCAGUGCCAGCGGUGCAGGCAUUACCUACCCACACUGUAUAUUAUACUCUGUACCCUUCAGUGCCAGCAGUGCAAGCAUUGCCUACCCACACUGUAUAUUAUACUCUGUACCCUUCAGUGCCAGCGGUGCAGGCAUUACCUACCCACACUGUAUAUUAUACUCUGUACCCUUCAGUGCCAGCAGUGCAAGCAUUGCCUACCCACACUGUAUAUUAUACUCUGUACCCUUCAGUGCCAGCAGUGCAAGCAUUACCUACCCACACUGUAUAUUAUACUCUGUACCCUUCAGUGCCAGCAGUGCAGGCAUUGCCUACCCACACUGUAUAUUAUACUCUAUACCCUUCAGUGCCAGCAGUGCAAGCAUUGCCUACCCACACUGUAUAUUAUACUCUAUACCCUUCAGUGCCAGCAGUGCAAGCAUUGCCUACCCACACUGUAUAUUAUACUCUAUACCCUUCAGUGCCAGCAGUGCAAGCAUUGCCUACCCACACUGUAUAUUAUACUCUAUACCCUUCAGUGCCAGCAGUGCAAGCAUUGCCUACCCACACUGUAUAUUAUACUCUAUACCCUUCAGUGCCAGCAGUGCAGGCAUUACCUACCCACACUGUAUAUUUUUAA